AUGGAUCAGUUGGCAGAUGAGCUUCUAGAAGAGUUAUCAACAGAGGAUCCACUACAAGUUGCUUUGACCAAGGAUUCUUCAGAGGGAUAUGUGAGCUCAGAAACUGAUGAGUACAAGAAGCUCCUUGACACCUUCAGACCAGUUCCAAACAUUCUGAGCAUUGAGGAUUGGACAGGCCAGUUUGCGAAGUCAUGGCACAAGGAGCAAGCUCAAGGAGAUUGGUCUGAGCUUAAGGCGCCUAAAGUCGACCUCAAACCUUUGCCUGAGGGCCUCAGGUAUGCAUUUCUGGGUGAAAACUCAACUUACCCUGUCAUUGUGAACUCUGAUUUGGAACCUGAACAGUUGAGUGCUUUGCUUGUUGAAUUGAGAAAGUACAGAAAGGCAAUAGGUUACACUCUAGAUGAUAUCAAGGGGAUCUCCCCUGACCUAUGCAUCCAUAGGAUUCAUCUAGAGGAUGAAAAUGUUAGAAAGAUUGGCAAACCACCCUUUUAUUGUUUUCUUGAUGGCUACAGUGGUUUCUUCCAAAUCCCGAUCCACCCUAAUGAUCAGGAGAAGACCACUUUCACAUGCCCUUAUGGCACCUUUGCUUAUCGAAGGAUGCCAUUUGGGCUGUGCAAUGCUCCAGCUACUUUCCAGAGGUGCAUGACCUCCAUUUUUUCAGAUCUGAUAGAGGAGAUGGUAGAAGUCUUCAUGGACGAUUUCUCAGUCUAUGGAGCAUCCUUCUCCUCAUGUUUGUCUAACUUGUGCAGGGUGUUGCAGAGGUGUGAGGAGACCAAUCUAGUACUCAACUGGGAGAAGUGCCACUUCAUGGUUCGAGAAGGGAUUGUGCUUGGACACAAGAUUUCCGAGAAAGGGAUCGAGCUCGAUCGAGCUAAGGUGGAUGUCAUGUUGCAGCUCCCUGUUCCCAAGACUGUGAAGGACAUAAGGAGUUUUCUGGGUCAUGCAGGGUUCUACAGAAGAUUCAUCAAGGAUUUCUCAAAGAUAGCAAGACCCUUGACAAGGCUUCUAUGCAAGGAGACAGAUUUUGAGUUUGAUGAAGAAUGCCACAAGUCUUGGACCUUGCUGAAGGAUGCUCUGGUAUCUGCGCCAAUAGUUCAAGCUCCAAACUGGGAUCACCCAUUUGAGAUUAUGUGUGAUGCAUCUGACUAUGCAGUAGGAGCAGUGCUUGGCCAAAAGAUAGACAAGAAACUCAAUGUCAUCUACUAUGCAAGCAAGACUAUGGAUGAUGCUCAGUGCAAGUAUGCAACCACAGAGAAGGAGCUCCUUGCCAUAGUCUUUGCCUUUGAGAAAGUUUCGAAGCUAUAUAGUUGGAUCCAAGGGAGUAGAAAUGGAGUUGCUGAUCAUCUCUCUAGGAUGCGAGUUGAAGACAUGAUCCCCAUCAAUGAUUCUAUGCCUGAAGAACAGCUUAUGGCAAUCAUGAUCUUGAAGGAGAGUUUUGAUGAGAAAGCCAGGCUGGAAGAAGUUAAGGCUCUGCGUGAUGAGAAUUUGCCAUGGCAUUACUAUUGGGAUGAGCCUUACUUGUACAAGAGAGGACCAGACAGCAUUUACAGGAGAUGCAUAGCUGAAGAGGAUGUGCAAGGAGUUCUAGAGCAUUGCCAUGGGUCAGCUUACGGAGGUCACUUUGCUACAUUCAAAACAGCAACUAAGGUUUUGCAAUCUGGUUUAUGGUGGCCUACUUUGUUUAAGGAUGCAGCAGACUACAUUGCCAAGUGUGAUCCGUGCCAAAGGAAAGGAGGGAUCACCAAGAGGGACGAGAUGCCACUAAACCCAAUUCUAGAGUUGAGAUUUUUGAUAACCAUCAUCUUUCCAAGGUUCGGCAUCCCAAGGGUUGUUAUUUCAGAUGGAGGUUCCCAUUUCAUCAACAAGGUGUUUGAAAAGUUGAUGAGAAGCCACGGAGUCAAACACAAGGUCGCCACGCCUUAUCACCCUCAAACCAGUGGGCAAGUUGAAGUCUCCAACAGACAGAUCAAGGCCAUAUUGGAGAAGACUGUGAGCUUCACUAGGAAAGACUGGGCAGCAAGGCUUGAUGAGGCACUUUGGGCUUAUAGACAGCCUACAAAACCCCCAUUGGAAGGUCUCCUUUCAAUUUGCUGUAUGGGAAGGACUGCCACUUACCUGUGGAGGUCGAAUAUAAGGCUUUAUGGGCAGUAA